AUGAAAGAUUCUCCUCUACCUCUGCCGGCUAACACCUGGCUUAUUGAUGGCAGUGCUUUUAAAGACCCUUCUAAACAAGCUGGAUAUGCCAUAGUAUCUGCCCAAAAAAUAAUUGAGUCCGGACCUUUACCCCCCGGCACCACUUUCCCGCAAACAGAGCUUAUAGCCCUCAUUCAAUCUCUCAAAUUAGUCGUGGGUAUCCCCACUAACAUUUAUACUGAUUCUAAAUAUGCUUUUCAUAUUAUUCAUUCACAUCUAGCUAUAUGGAAAGAGAGAGGAUAUCUUACUUCUAAAAAUUCUCUGAUUAUUAAUAAAACUCUUAUCUUUAAACUCCUUGAAGCAGCACAAAUCCCCACCCAGGUAGCAGUUAUUCACUAUAAGGGUCACCAAAGUGGGAAAGACCCCAUUUCAAUGCAUAACAAGAAAGCAGAUAAAGAAGAGAAAAGACAAGCUCAAACCCCUACUCAGCUUCUAGGGAUGCCCACCCCAGUGCCUGCUUAUUCCACCUUAGAGCAAACAGAUUUAGCCCAGCUUGGCGCCACCCUCAAUGAAUGA